AUGUCUUAUAUGCCUCUACAAUACGUCUACGUCGUACACAACUGUCUGAAAUAUGAUUUGGGAAUGGGUAAUACUAUAUUCCAGGGUGCGGUAGUGAUGCGGCACGGUGCGGCAAUUCUGUUGUUGGGUGCGGCAGUGGCUGUGCACUACCGCACCACUGCACCGACACCAAACCACCCUUCUUAUCAAGUCCACUUGCAGCACCGUUAUGAGCAGCUGCGCGAAACUUGGCCUUCGCAUACAAUAGACCACCAGCAACCCACGUUCCUUCGCCAUGUUCGCAAACUCUUUCAUUUCGAUCCUAGCACAAACGCAGUUCGACAUGGCCAGCCUCGCGAUCCAUGGGAUUUCCCUGCUACGUCGGCCCUGCCUCCCACCCACUCGACUUCAGCGCAGGCCCCAACUCAGUUCGAUCAUCGACUCGUUGCAGCCAAACUACCAGAAUACAGAAAAGUCGACGAUACACGGCAUCCUUCUAGCCAACAGCCUGGGGUGCCCCAGGACAUCGAAUCAUCUGACAAUGAUUCGCUCCCAGACGUGCAUUGGUGCAAGGCGUUCCUUUGCUAUUACCGAGGAUGCCUCCUCGAUGGCGCUUGGAGCGUGUUGACAUCCCCCGUCAGGAAGGCGCGACAAUUAGCAGCCGUGCUGCGGCUCACGGUAGCAGUUAGCAUAAUGUUACAAGAUGUAUUCGACUUGGUUGAAUUCCCCGCCAACUGA